AUGAAACCGGAUAUGUGCCUUGUGGAAUGGGUUUGGGAAGAUGUUGCAGGUUCUCUAGACUUCUUGGCUUUUGAAUCUUUAUCUCCAAAAGAAAAGAAAAGGCAACAUCACAUUCAUGAAUUAAUAUCUACUGAAGAAUUUUAUGUGGAAGAUAUGUCAAUUGUGCUUGAUGCAUUCCAGAAACCACUUCGAGAAGCAUUUGUUUUGAGUAAAGAAGAAUUACGUUCUAUAUUUGUCAACUGGAAAGAGCUUAUAGUUUGCAAUACAAAACUUUUAAGAGCUAUGAGAGUAAGAUGUCGAAUGAGUGCAAAUAAUAUUAUUCAAAAAAUUGGUGAUCUCUUAUGUGAAAAUCUUCCACACUUUACUCCAUAUAUUAGAUUUUGCAGCUGCCAAUUAAAUGCUGCAGCUUUAAUCCAGAAUAAAUCUGAUAAUUGUCCAAAAUUCAAAGAAGUAACAAAACAAUGUACUAUGGAUCCCCGUACAAAAGGUAUGCCUCUGAGUAGUUUUCUUCUAAAACCUAUGCAGAGAAUCACGAAGUAUCCUUUGUUAAUCCAAAAAAUUCAUGAAUAUACAUCUGAGGAACAUCCUGAUCACUCAUACCUAAAGGAAGCUCUAAAUUUAGCUCAAGAAUUAUGCAACCAAGUAAAUGAAGGUGUGAGAGAACGAGAAAAUUCUGAUCGUUUAGAGUGGAUUCAGAAUCAUGUACUUUGUGAAGGAUUAGCUGAACAAAUCACCUUCAAUUCAUUGACAAAUAGUUUGGGUCAGAGAAAAUUGCUACAUGCAGGUAUUUUGUAUAAAAUAAAGAGCAACAAAGAACUUCUUGCCUUCCUAUUCAAUGACUUUCUCCUGCUCACACAGCCAUUGAAAGAACUGGGACGGAUAACAAAUGUUUUCACAUCUGAAAAAGCAAUGAGCUGUCAAUAUAAAAUGUAUAAACAGCCUAUAUUCUUAAAUAAAGUGGCUGUGAAAUCUACAGACUCUGAAAAUAAUCAAGAUGAUACCUUUUUUUUAUGUUAUUCAAACACUGAGCGCAUUCACUUUCGAUCUACCAGCAUCACUGAAAGACAACUGUGGGUGAAGAAAAUUGAACUGGCAGCUAAAAAUUACUGUGAAAUUGAGAAGAAAAAUCUUAGCCGCCAAAAGACAAUUAGAGCUCAAGCAAUUCAAGGAGUAGGUCGACUUCUAAUUGUUGUGGUAGAAGGUAUAAAUCUGAAAGCAUGUUCUAAUGGACAAAGUAACCCAUACUGUGAAGUAAGUAUGGGUUCGCAGGAACACAAAACCAAGGUAAUUCCAAAUACUUUGAAUCCCAGAUGGAAUGAAUCUAUGCAGUUUGUGGUGAAAAAUCUCCAUGAAGAUGUUCUUUGCAUAUCAGUUUUUGACAGAGAUUUAUUUUCACCAAAUGAAUUCCUUGGAAGAACUGAAAUAAAAUUAUCGGACAUAUAUAAGGAGACUAGAGAAACUCAUGAACCAGUAGUUAGAAGUUUGACCUUAUAUGAAGUGGAAACUGGAGAAGUAAUGAUUAAAUUUGAUCUUCAGUUAUUUGAAGAGUACUAGCUCUUAAAAAUUCAUUAUAAUUUUUAUUUAAGCUAAAUUUAGAUUUAAAUUAUUAUUCUCACAUUUGAUCAUUCAUUAUGUGUUGAUUUUCUAUGUCUGAGAAUUCGGCAAUCUAAAUAUCAUAUCCUUUCAUACUGUACACCUGUCUAACCAAAUGAAUAUUAAUGUGAUUAAUAAAAAAUCAUUUUUGUUUUCAUUUUAUUAAUUAGAAGAAUAUUGUUAAGUAUCAAUUUUUGUAUUGAAAAAUGUAAAUACAGAUAAUUUACAAAUAAUAUGAGUUGCUGUUGGUAAAUUUUAAGAAUUUUCUGUUGUAGGGGCAAAAACUGAUAUGUUUUCAUUUCAUACUGUGAAUAUUGUGUAUGUAAUUCGUAUGAUCAAUUUGAAAAACAACUGUAUUUCAAAUAAAUACCACAUAGUAUAUAUGUAGUGUGUAUCUUCUUCAUAAUCAUAUACUAUUUUUCAUACAAUAUUAUCUUCAUCCUAAAGUGUUUGUAUAUUGUAAAUUAAUAUAACCAAAGAUUAACAAUGUUGACAUUUGAAACACUAGAACUGCUAUGUUUGACUUGUAAUUUUUAUCCAAAGAAGGAGAAAAUUGGUGAAAGUUUUUAAGUUUCUACAAUGUAAAUUAUUAGACUCUCAUUUAAAUAAAUAUUUUCAUAUUUUGUCUUUCAUAUUAUACUGUUAUAAUACAUUCCAUAUUGAUUUAAAAAUAUCUCAGUUUAAGAAUUUGUCAAAUUUUGUUGAUGGAAAUAUGUAUUUCUCAUUUUCCUUUGUGUGUGUAGUUCUGUAAUUAAUGUUUUUCUUAUAGUUGACAUCUGUAAUUAAUGUUAACUUAUAACUGACAUAAAAACUUGGUUUUAAUAUAUGAUAAUAGUAACUAAACAAAUUAUUAUUAAAAUAUAAUAUUUCAGUAAUUUGAAUAUUUAAAGAUUUAUAUAAUUAUCAUACAUGUGCAUAUAUCUGUAAUCUAAAUAUUUAUGUAAUAUGUAGUAAUCACAUUCCAUGUUUUAGUAUUUAUAUAUAGUUGCUUAAGCAUAAACAUUUACAAUUUUUAAAUUCAUUUAAACUAUUUGAAAAAAAAUAUGAGCGCAGCUAUUACUUGUAUUUUCAUGAUUUUUUUUAAGCAAAAGUUAGUGAAAUCAGUAUUAGAGUUAGAUACAAUUUUAAAUUAAAAUGCUAGCUGUAUAGAAAAUGCUAGCUAGCUAAUUGUGAUAAGCUUUCUUUCUCUCUGUGGUUGUCUACCUAAGGAUUCUCCUGUAUGUCUUGAUGAUGAUUUUUAAGUUAAACGCAUUUCACUUACAUUACAUAUAAACUACACAUACAUAUAUGUAAGGAAUUAUUGCAUCCUUCCAUGCAUUCUCUUAUUGCAUAAGUAGUUAGCACAUUCAGUUAAUAAUAAAAGCAUCUGUGGCUCAAAUCCUAGUUAGGGCACAGUUUACUUUCCAUGUUUUUUGGUAGGAAAAUCUUAAUAGCCGACUAAAAAUAUGGUAGAAAAAAACUCCUAACCAUUUGGAUUUGAUUGACUAGAUCUGUCACUUCCUACAAGUCACUCUUUAAGCGUGGAAGAAUGUAGAAAAUUAUCGCCUUUCAUUAUACUAUCAUAGUGUAAACAGUUAACAUAUUCAGCUAGCAAUUGGAAAACCCAUAGUUCAAAUCCCGGUGGAAGCAUGUUGAUUUUUCAUGUGUCAUUUUGUGAAAAUUCUCUCUAGUCUCUCUCUCUCUCUCUGUAUACAUAUAAAAAGGAUACAUCCAGUCUCUUCAUGCACCAAUCACAGAGGCAAAUUAAUUGUAGUGUAAAACUUGAAUCACUUCAUCAUUGACAGGUCAUACAAUUAAAGGUACACUUAUUGCUUAUAAGGCAUGCUAUUCUUUGUUAUGCAAAUGACAUCUUCUUCCUGGUUAUUUAAACACAUUUUCAUCUAAGGGGUAGUUCUAAUUCAACUAGUCGUUACAAAUGGAUUUUGGAGUUUCAUCUGUAUAAUUAUUCAUUCAGUACUGCAUAACUUUACUAUCACAUUGUUUCGCUCAUCUUGACAUUCAUCCUACUGUGAUAAAAAGUACCCUACUCACAUUUCUUCUCAAGUGAUUAGCAAUCACAUUUCAUCAUAGUUUGAUGAUUCUGUCCUUAUCUGCACUAGACCAACAAGUUUUCUCUUAUCCUAAAAUAUUAAUUCAUGUGACCUACAAAUUCAUAAUUUUGAUCAUUUGUAUAUCUUUGUGCUGAGCUGUAAAUUGUAUAAAACUUUGUACAUUUUUCUUCUUUGAUGUUGUGAUUAACUCCUAAGUGUAUAAAAGUCUAAAAAAAUAGCAUUUCAAUUUUUGUAAUUUUUAAGAUUAUAUAUAUAUAUAUGUAUGUGUGUGUAAAUGUUCAGAACGUUAGGAAAAGUUAGCUGACGUACCCUCUCUUGUGUGGCUUACUUUUAAUAUGCAUAUAUAUAGGAUUUUGGAAUUGGCAAAUUGCAUAGAAAAUAUAUACUAUAUCAAUAAAAGUCUUUACCUAGCCUUUAUUUUUGCAGCCGUUUGUCUUGUUUUCGCAUUUUUUAAUUUAAAGAUAUUAUUUUUUAAAAAUUACGAAAUCUAACUUUUUAAAUGUUAUAUUUAGAGAACUCUGUACUCUUUAUAAAAAGUAAAACACAAGAAGUCUGACUCCUGUACAACUUGCAUUAAAUAAAAAAUGAAAAAUAUUUGUGCUUUAAUGAAUUUUUUAUAAUUACCCGAUUAUGUUCUAAAGUAAUAAAUAAUAACAAAAUUAUAAAUAUAGACAUUAGUAAAUAAAAUAAAAUCAUUCCAUUGUCAUUUACUGGGGAGGAAUCCAUUUCGAAUUAUCAUAAUUUACUUAUUAACUGACGUCUCAAUGCAAAUUCAAAACUACCACAAAAUUUUGUAAAUAUCUUUGUCAAUUUGUGUCAUGCAGGAGUCAAACUACUUGAUUUUCUAUAACAAGUAUGGUUGGAGGAACAUGUAAAAAAUUAGAUUUUGUACUCUAUAUAAAAUUAAUUUUUUAAAAUAUGAAGACAUGAAGCUCUGCAUCAUGUAAAAUAUUUUUGUGACUGAAAGUAUAUAUCUACGGCCAGUGGUUGCGAAAAUAAAGGCCACAUAAGGACCUUAGUCAACAUGGCAUAUAAACAUUAGAGUUGUCAUGUCAUUUUCAGAAGAUACAAUCAAUAUUUUUAUAUCAUUGGACAAAGUACAGUUUUAGUAAUAUUAGAGAGAAGUCUGGCUUGGCAUGUUUUGGUAGAAAUAUUGAAGCCAUCCUGCAGAGAAGGAUAGUUUGCAAUGACGAUAGCUUCAUGUUCAAUUCUAGAUUGAACAUGUUGAUCUGGGAUAAUCUUUGCAGAAUGUGAGCAUUUAAAAUUUGUCAACAGAAAAGGUCUGUCGAAAGGUUGAUUGUAGUACUAUAAGAAGUAUGCAAGAAUAAGAUGAUAAUUGAGAUUGAAUUGGAUAAAGAAUCAUUCUGUCACCUCUGGUAGUCAAGGUUUCAGGCCAGUAACAGGCAUAUUCCUGAGCCAUUUGUGAUUAUUGAUGAAACCGUCCAUUAUGUAGUAUUAUGCCGAGACACAAAAUAAAUAGUAACAACAACAAAAGUAUUUAUAUUGAUCUUAGUAGAAUUUCUGAAAAUCACAUACAUUUCCAAUCAAAUUCGGAUUAGAUUACUUAUUCAUUAGGAUGGUUAAAGCCCUCGACCAUCUUCCUAAGAGGAGGGAUAACUUCGUGGAGAACUUUCCAAGGGAAACUAGUUCCAUAUGCAUGUUACACAUGAGGAAAACAAUGAAAAUGACCAGGCAGCUAGCCUGUUGCCAGAAUUUGAACUCUGGACCAAAUUACCAGUGUUCAGAGACUUUACCACUUGGCUGCUGAUGGGCAAUUAUAAGAAAUAUCUACUUAAGAGAAAGGAUGAUUUCAGAUAGACUUUGCUAAGCUAGGGAAUAUUCUGAGAUACACUUUAUUAAAACAAAAAGGGUGAAAUUUUACUUUUAAAGCAUUUAAGAAUUAUAAAAAACGGAAAUAUAUUGUGAAAUAAUGUAAUUUUUUUUGGCCAAAAAAAUGCCAAAAGAAAAUAGUCGUCUGCUUCUUGACAUGUAUGAGAAAAGAAAAUUGUCUUUUGCAAAUAAGGGAUACUGCAGAUGAUUUUAAGUUAAAAAAAAAAAACACUAGUGUUUCUGCAAUUAAAAGCUUGCUACAGGUAUUUUUCAGAUUUUAUUGGAUCCAUAAUAAGAAUCUCAUACUUGUGACUUUUUCUAAAUUAGAUAUUCUUUUAUGAGAUAUGAAUUUGUGUGAAAUAUUUCAUAUGUCCAAAGACAAGAAACUUAGGCUUUCUGAUCUCUUUCAUUGUGUCUAACAAAAGAUAUUUCAAUUCAGAUUUUUAUUUACUUCUCAAAUUCUUAUAAACAGAAUACUUAAAUGUUCUACUGUUAUUAAUAGUUCAGCAAAUCAUUAUAUUUAUGAAAUUUCGAUUCACAUUGGCAUAUUAACAUAAUCAUUAAUUUAAAGCCCAUGCACAUAUUAUAUCCAUAACAUAUUAGAAUAAAUUUUUUAUUUGUGUGAUAUAAUAGAAUUCACUCUUAUUUAUUGUUGUGAAUGUUUUCACAUUAAAUUAAAUUAGAUCUCUUUAUUUAAUUAUUGUUUUGCAAGUUAAUGUGAGGAUAAAUCAAAACAAACACACACACACACACCCAAAAAAAAGGAGGGGAGGAAAGUCUACCUUAAAAAAGACAAUCUGACUGACAGAACGAUCAAUUUUUUUUUUUUUUUUUUUUUUUUUUUUUUGUUUUGUUUUGUUUUGUUACCUUCUAAAGCAGAAAAAACUCUUUUAUAAAAGAAUAUUUAAUAGGAAAAAUAUCAAACCAUAAUGUGCCAAAAAAAAUUUUAAUUAUUGAGUUCAUUGCAAAAAAAUACCGUUUUCUGAAAUGAUUACUGAAUUAUGUGUAAAUAUUUCUACUAUAAUUAUAUAUAAACUCUUGCAUUUUUCUAAGCUUUUUACUUCCUGUACGUAGUAAAGUAAAUCAAGUAUAUACAUUAUAAUAUAUAUUCUAGAAUAUAUUAUAAUCUAUACUCUGUAAAUGGUAAUUUUUGUAAAAAGGUUUGAAUUGAGUAACAUAUUAUUUUUAAAAUAUAUUUCACAUUUAUUUAUACCUUAUAAUUUGAUUCAUAAUCCCAUUUGGAAAAAAUUAUUACCAUAAUUAUUAAUGCAGGGCAUCUGAUCACCAGUGAUCUUGAGUUUUCAGUAUUGAAUUUCAGUCUCUUUUGUUUUCUUCCAUGAGCAAAGAAAGAAACAAAAAAGUAUGAUUGAGAAAGAGAAAUCUAAUAAAGUAAAAAAGUAAAGGAAUUGUAGUAUUUAUGUGCAACUGCAAUUUAAAAACCUGUAUAUAUGUAUAAAAAAUAAUUAAAUUAUGCACACUAAUAAUAUUCCAAUCAAUUAUAUUUAGCGUAACAAAAUUUUGAAUCUCAGUACUAUUCAUAUACGUAUAAGUGUUUCAAUAUUAUUUCUUAUAUAAAUUAUGAAUGUGCUUUUAUCUGCUAUUUCACCUCUACAUUAUUUUUGCACUGAAAUUAUGUAUAAUUAAUGUAAUGACUGCUAAUUAUCAUAUGCAUUUAUUUUUACCAUGUUCCUUGUACUGUUACUUCCAUUAUUUCAGGGAACACAUGUAUAUUCUCUUUCAGUAUGCAAAUAAAAAAAAUUGAAAAUUCUGA